ACCUGCAGUCGCAAUAUUAUAAAUAUAGCUCAAGCUAUAUAGGCCUAGCUACUGUUUAGGCUAUACUAUAUAGCCUACCAAUUUCCGUCUAUUCCCCACCUAUAAGCAGAUGUAGUCAAAAAUGUUUAAGUAUCGGAUCCGCAUGUUUUUCAACGAACUGAAAGUACUGGUUUUGAUGCGGUCCGAUGCCAGUCGGCCUGACAACGACGUAGACCCAGACAGGCGAGCGAGCAUGCGGGGCCUCGGCAUGGGCGGCUGCGGCUGGCCGCCUUUCGGUGACUGUUCCGCCCGGGACGACGAGGAGGAGUACUACGGGACGGACCCUCGGCCGCGGAGCCUAGCUUUUGAGGAGAAGGAUCCGAAACUGCAACCCGGCCUAGACGCCGUGUCUCUCGCAAGCAGCAUGGAUAGCGGUAUCCGCACGCCCCAAUGCCGGAUCUGCUUCCAGGGUCCUGAGCAGGGGGAGCUGCUGAGCCCGUGUCGCUGUGCCGGCUCGGUGCGCUGUACCCACCAGCCCUGCCUGAUCCGCUGGAUCAGCGAGAGGGGCUCCUGGAGCUGUGAGCUCUGCUACUUCAAGUACCACGUGCUGGCCAUCAGCACCAAGAACCCACUGCAGUGGCAGGCCAUCUCCCUGACGGUGAUAGAGAAGGUGCAGAUAGCGGCCAUCAUUCUUGGCUCGCUCUUCCUGAUUGCCAGCAUCUCCUGGCUGGUCUGGUCGUCUCUCAGCCCCUCGGCCAAGUGGCAAAGACAGGACCUGCUCUUCCAGAUCUGCUACGGCAUGUACGGAUUCAUGGACAUCGUCUGCAUAGGCCUUAUAAUCCACGAGGGCUCCUCGGUUUAUCGGAUCUUUAAGCGCUGGCAGGCUGUGAACCAGCAGUGGAAGGUGCUGAACUAUGAGAAGGCCAAGGACCUGGGGGACCCUCUGAGCUCCAGCAGCAAGGCCGGGGGGCGGGGCUCCAGGGGCAACCCGCACGGCUCGGCCAACGGGGACAGAGGAGGGGGGCGGGGCCACCGCGUUAGGACUAUCCUCAACCACCACUGUGGCUACACCAUCCUGCACAUCCUGAGCCAACUGCGGCCCAGCGACCACCGCCUUGGAGCCACGUCCAACCGAGAGGUGGUGAUGAGGGUCACCACCGUAUGAGGCUGGGGAACGGGGGCCGUAUGGAGAGACAGGCACACUGUAUGAAGCUGGGGGUCAGGGAGAGUGUGGAGGGAUAGGUACACCAUAUGAGGCUGGGUGUCAGGGAGAGUGUGGAGGGAUAGGUACACCGUAUAAGGCUGGGGGUCAGGGAGAGUGUGGAGGGACAGG